AUGGGCUUCACUGUGUCCAAAGGCUCCAUCAUUACAUCUAUGCCGACCACUAUUACCCGGGACUUAUGUCACCCAGACCUCUCACCCAUUCCAAGUCAUUGGAUGACAGAUGGCCCCUGUCCUGUUGCGCCAGACGACGGCCACUGUCAAUGUGUUGUCUGGGAGAACAUCGAGAAAUGGAUGGCUGAACAUUCUUUUGAUCCCCAUGAGCCCGGAAUACUGGUUCACCCAAUAUUCGGUAAUCCAUACACCGAGAAUGGGACAAGUCAUAACCUUGGAGUGGUAGAGCUGGGGAGUGGGGGUUUACUACACAAAGGGGGGCAGCACACCAAGAGGGGUGGCGAAGGCAACUAG